AUGGUUAUUGUCACAACAAGCGGCUAUUACAUCUCUAUUAUAGGACCAUAUUUGGCAGAUUCAAAUAACAAUGAUGCAUCCAUUCUGAAUCAUAUUCUCAAGACUAACGUCGAAGACAUCAGGUCGUGGAUCAAGGAGGAGGAUAUUUUCAUUGUGGACAGGGGAUUUCGGGAUUCCAUUUUACUUUUGGAGGACUUGGGUAUCAAAGCGGAAAUGCCACGUUUUCUUGUGAAGGGGCAGAAACAGAUGUCAACUGAAGACGCAAACAUGAGCAGGCUAGUCACAAAGGUUAGAUGGGUUGUAGAGUCAUCAAAUGCAAGAAUCAAAGGCUGGAAAUAUUUGGACCACACUCUUCCUACUAAUCAAGUUCCAUACAUCGGAGACUACAUCUGA